UGGUGCGCUGUCCAGCAUUUCAGCAAUCGGCAGCGGCGGCGGCGCCCGCGGGAAGACGGAGGGCGCGGGGCCGCGGGGCCCGCGGAGCUGCCGAGCCAAGCCGAGCCAAGCCAAGGAGGCGGACCAGACCAGCGGGGCGGCGGGGCCUGGCUCCAGCGACCGGCAGAGCGCGGCGGCCAGCGGGGAGGGCCUGCGGCUCCGGGGCCACCGGCCAUGUCCUCCACCGUGAACAACGGGGCGGCCAGCAUGCCGUCCCCACUGGACGCCGCCAACGGCUUCCCGCAGCCCGGAGCCUCGACGGGGGCCUGGCCGCGGGCAGAGGAGGAGCUGCGCACGGCGGAGCCGGGCCUGGUGAAGCGCGCGCACCGCGAGAUCCUGGACCAUGAGCGCAAGCGGCGUGUGGAGCUCAAGUGCAUGGAGCUGCAGGAGAUGAUGGAGGAGCAGGGGUACUCCGAGGAGGAGAUCCGGCAGAAGGUGGGAACGUUUCGGCAGAUGCUGAUGGAGAAGGAAGGAGUGCUCACCAGGGAGGACCGGCCUGGGGCCCACAUCGUGGCGGAGACCCCACGGCCAGCAGAGGGUGCAGAGCCGGGCCUGGAGUACGCGCCCUUCGAGGAGGAUGACGGCCCAGUGGACUGCGACUGCCCGGCCGCCUGCUACCGCGGGCACCGCGGGUACAGAACCAAGCACUGGUCCAGCAGCUCGGCGUCGCCUCCUCCCAAGAAAAAGAAGAAAAAGAAAGGCGGCCACAGAAGAAGCCGCAAAAAGAGGAGACUAGAGUCAGACUGCAGCUGUGGGAGCGCCUCACCCCUGCGCAAGAAGAAGAAAAGUGUAAAGAAGCACCGCAGAGACAGGUCUGAUUCCGGGUCCCGGAGGAAGAGACGGCACAGAUCGAGGAGCCCCAAGAGCAAAAGAAAAGAAAAGAACAAAGAGAGGAAGAGGCCUCAUGCAGAGUCCCCAAGCCGAAGGUCCCACCGCCACAGCAGUGGCAGUUCCCCCAGCCCCUCGCUGUCCUCGCACUUCAGUGACUCCGGAUCACCUAGCAGGCUGAGCCCCAAGCACCGAGACGACGGGCGAAAGACGGGCAGCCAGCAGUCCAGCGGGAGCCGGUCGCCUUCCCCGUCAGGCUGCAGCGGAUGGGGGUCGCCCCAGCAGAACGGCGGCAGCAGGCAGCGGAGCGGAGCGCACCGUGGCCGCCCUGGCUCGGCACACAGCCCGCCCGAUGUACGUAUGCUCUGUUUUGCGGAGGGUUCCCGCGCGCCCUGCGGGAUGCGCCGUUUUUUUGGUGGCGGGGUGAUGCGGUCACCAGAGGGGCGGACACGAGUGUGUCAAAGGGGCGGGGCUGCUUCCUCCCUACCCCUGCGCCCGCCCCGUACCCCCAUCGAGGGCGGGGCGUCGUGGCACCGGAAUCUCCAGGAGUGCUCUGGUUGUUGGGCCCACCCGGCCCUAAUGGCAGGACUGGAAGCCUGGCAGAGAUCUCUGCCUGUUGAGCAGAAGCUGGAAGUCAGUAGCACCUUCCCAUCCUCUACCUACUGGGCCUCUGGGGACACCACCAAGAGGCCCCAGGCCUUCACGCAUUGCUCCGAGCCUGUUAAUCUGGAAGGGGGCUCCGAGCGAGGCCACGGCGGACACGGGAAACGGGUGAAGGAGCGGCCCGCGCGCGCGCGACCGGCCAGCACCUCGCCGUCCCCUGACCCGCACGGCAGGCGCGGCGGUCCUGAGGGGAAGAGCUCGUCGCGCAGCCCGGGUGCCCACCCGCGGUCCUGGAGCUCCAGCCGCUCCCCCUCUAAGUCCCGCUCGCGAUCCGCGGAGAAGAGGGCCCGCAGCCCCAGUCGCUCGCUGUCGCCCAAGAAAGCCGUCGGCCGGGACAAAGACGGAGAGGGCCGCACGAGGCAUGCAGAGGCCGAGGCCGCCCGCGCCCGGCGCCGCUCGCGCAGCUACUCGCCCAUCCGCAAGCGGCGCCGCGACUCGCCCAGCUUCAUGGAGCCACGGCGCAUCACCAGUGCCCGGAAGCGUCCUAUCCCCUACUACCGGCCCAGCCCCUCCUCCUCCUCCAGCUGCCUGAGCAGUGACUACUCAAGCAGGAGUCCCAGCCGCAGCCCCAGCCCAGGCCACAGCCACGGAAGCUACAGCAGUCGCAGUCGCGGGACCCGCAGCCGCACACGGAGCCCCUCCCGGACCCCCAGUCCCAGCUACCAAAGCCGGAGCAGCUCUGAGAGUGGGGGUUUCUGAGCCCAGAGAGACCCAGUUGAGGUCCCCUGGCACAGGGAGAGGCCAGGCCCCAGGACCUGGAGUGGGAAUGCACCCCCCACUGCAACAAAGAAGUCCCGGGGCCAGCACGUGGGCAGAUGGGACCAGGGAAGACCGUGAGGGCCGGUGCCCUGCCCGUAGGAGGAGCCAGAUUGUGCUGCUCAGAAAGGGUGCCCAGCCCGCCUCCUGCCCACCUUCAUGUCCAGGGAACAAAGAGCCGUUUCGAACACAGGGAUCACCCUGUCCCCUUCCUGCUUGAUGCCAGCUCACCAGGCUGGGGGCCACUGCCAGAGAAUGGCAUGAGUCCACAGUCUGCUGUGUCACCUCACCUCCGUUCGUAGGCCCAGGCACACCUUGGAGAGGGCCAGACCUCCUCUCCCUGCUCCCCAGGGCCCUCCUCUCCUCUCUCUCUCUCACUGGGAAGAUGAGGAGGUAUCCAGCAAGCUGGGUCUAAGCUAGACAGAAGGAAGAAUGGCCUAACUCUUGGUGCGCCACCAUCCAGGCUGGGGAGGAAGACCCUGGCUGAGGGCUGGUAGCUGGUCCCACAGCCUCCCCCAACCUCUCCCCUGGCCCAGCAGGGCCCAGACUGGGCAGCCCGCAAAGCCCCAGCCUCAGGUCCCAUGUCUCUAGGCCAGGCUCUUCCCUCCAUCCCCAUCCCAGCCCUGGGCCAAGGUCAUACCAGCCAGGCCUUCCGUGUGACAGGAGGUGGGGGUGGAAGACCACAUCUUCAUCUGACCCUGAGGUCAGAGAGGGUCAGGUCAGGGGGUGGAAGACGACAAAGGCUGAAGAUGGCACAGGGACUUGUGACCAUGGGCAAAACAGCGUAGUCGGGUGACAGAGCUGGCCACAGGGAGCUGGGAGGGAUUGGAGAUGGGUCAACGGCAUUGGGCCCCACCAAGAGAAGGGCAGCAUGUGCCAGUCUGGGACACGACUAGAUGACAGCCCAGGGUUCAGGCCUAGGGAAAUGUGUACGGUGCCCUCAGGGCCUGCCCAGGGAAGCGCCUCCUCCCAGGCUUUGUUGGGACAGGCCAGCCAAGGCUCCCCAGGGAGGGGUAGUGCAGCCCUUGGAAGGGAGGCCAGGAUCUAGGCCCAGGGCCUUGCCCUGGCACCAACGGGGACACAGGCCCCCAGUCCUCUUCUGCAGCUCCCAGCCCCCUCCUCCUGGGGCCCUCAGGGAUCUCACAAAGUCUUCCUUGGCCCAAGAGGGCAGAUGCCCUGGGCGCUGAUGGGGGGAGGGGUCUGGGGUCUGGUCCGGGUUCCCCCCUCUCUAUUCCCCCUCCCUCUUACUCCGCGGUGCGGAUAAAAAUUGGACUCUAAUAAUAAACACUCAGUGCCCGGAUGGCACGUGGUGAGA